AAACAAGAAAUAAAGGUGUCUGCUUACUGAGGGAGGAGUUUGAGCAGAAAAAUGGCGUACUUGAGCAUGGGAGAGGCCCACAGGAGAAUCAACGACUACCUCAACCGCUUCUCCGACGCCGUUUCGACCCAGGACGGUGCUUCCCUCAAGCAGCUCCUCUCUCUCUCAUCCAACAACCCCGCUAUCCUCUCUCUCGCCGAUGCCCUCAACGUCUUCCAGGACGCCAAUAGAUUGAUUAAACAGUCCGAUAACGACACUCAAUUUGGUGAAAUUCUGGUUCAUCUGUUCCGUGCUUUUCAGAGUUACCGAGUCGGGAGCUUCAUUGAUUCUUACCAAGCCUUUGAAAAAUCUGCAAAUGCUUUUAUUCAGGAGUUUAGGAACUGGGACACAGCUUGGGCUUUGCAAGCAUUGUAUGUUAUAGCCUAUGAAAUUAGGGUUCUAGCCGAGAGGGCUGAUAAGGAAUUGGCUUCAAAUGGAAAGUCCCCGGAGAAGUUGAAGGGAGCUGGUUCUUUCCUUAUGAAAGUUUUUGGUGUUCUUGCUGGAAAAGGACCAAAACGUGUUGGAGCAUUAUACGUGACUUGCCAGUUGUUUAAAGUUUACUUUAAGCUUGGUACAGUUCACCUUUGCCGCAGUGUGAUAAGGAGCAUUGAAACUGCAAGAAUAUUUGAUUUUGAGGAAUUCCCUAAGAGAGAUAAGGUCACUUACAUGUAUUAUACAGGCCGCCUAGAAGUUUUCAAUGAAAAUUUCCCUGCUGCCGAUCAUAAAUUGUCGUAUGCCUUGAGGCAUUGCAAUCCACAGAGUGAAGCAAAUAUAAGGAUGAUAUUGAAAUAUUUGAUACCCGUGAAGCUUUCAAUCGGCAUCUUACCAAAUGAUUGGCUUCUGGAAAAGUAUAACCUAGUUGAGUAUAAGAAUGUUGUACAAGCUCUAAAAAGAGGUGAUCUCCGACUUCUUCGGCAUGCUCUUGAAGAGCACGAAGAUCGGUUCUUGAGAUCAGGUGUUUAUCUUGUCCUGGAGAAGCUAGAACUCCAAGUCUACCAGAGAUUAAUAAAGAAAAUUUACAUUAUCCAAAAGCAGAAGGACCCGAUCAAAGCUCAUCAGCUGAAAUUAGAAGUAAUUGUCAAAGCAUUGAAAUGGCUUGAGAUAUCCAUGGAUCUCGAUGAGGUGGAGUGCAUAGUGGCCAUAUUAAUAUACAAAAAUCUUGUGAAGGGGUACUUUGCACACAAGAGCAAAGUUGUAGUUUUAAGCAAGCAAGAUCCUUUCCCUAAAUUGAAUGGAAAGCCUGUCAAUUCAUAGAGAAAAUUGACAGAAGUAGUUUGGUGUUGAAAAAUAUGCUAUGUAGAUGUUAUGGGUUGGCCAGUUUCAGUUCCUCGUCAUUGGAAUGAAGAAUUGCUGCUUUGUACCUGAAAAAUGUUGUCAAAGGGAAUCAUAUGGAGGGGUUUGGGCCACAUAUGAGGCAGCUUAUAACGACAAAAGCUAUACAAGUCUCUUAUUUUUACAGCCCUUGUAAUUUUGAAUUUUGUGAGUCAUGUUUUUCUUUUUUGAAAAUCUUGAGAACUCAACAGCCAUCAUAGAUUCAUGUUCAUGCUCAUUAUUCACCCCAAAUAUAUAUCAAUUUUUGUUAGGAAUUAUGUCUA